AGUAAUAUUUCCAAAGACAGCACACGGUUACAAACUAUUUGUCACCGUUAUAACGAAAUAACCUUUUCAAAACGGACAUUUUCGAGUUAGAGGGCAACUCCCGCCAGUAGGUGGCGGCAUAAAGCUGUUUAAUUGUCAACCGAUGGACUGAGUAGAAGAAGAGUGUUGUCGUAGCAACCUGAUGCGAGGAAAACUUGCAGAUAAACGCACAAAGUCGAGUUAUUUGUUGUUGUUUGUACUUUUGUCAUUGGUGAUUUGAACACAAAUCUGCCUUUUACCUCGAUAAACGAACAAUUUAACCAAAGUUUAACUCAUUACAGAGCGUUUCAAUGCCGAUGGAAAUUACUCUGGUUCCAGCCCGUUUUUUGACUCUCAUCGGGCACCUUGUAAUUGUCAUAAUCAUCUUUUGGUCUAGGGAGAACAGUGUCAGAGCUUGUCUACCCCUUGACUACACUGAUGAAGAAUACAGAUCAGAGGACACGCGGCUUGUGGUGGCAUUAUCUGUGACCCUUGGCCUGUUUGCUAUAGAACUGCUGGGGUUCUUCUCCGGAGUCUCUUUGUUUAACAACAAUCAAGCUCUUCUGUCCAUAGGAUGUCAUGCCAGUGGUUGUGUAUCUCUGCUCUUCUUUUUGUUUGAGCAAUGGACUUGCAGCAUCUAUUGGUGGAUCUUUGCAUUCUGUAGUGUGAUGCCUGCACUGUAUGAAAUUAUCCUUUUCAUUGUAGUAUGUGGAUUUAAGAGAAAGCCUCUGUGAGUGUUUCUGUCCUCUACUUCUCUGGAUUUUUUGUGGGGAAGUUGAAUAUUUCUCCUUUCAAGGGUAAAAUAUUGAACCUAAAACAAUGGCCCAGUGUUUUGUGGUUAAAUUCACUCGUAUCAUGCAGUCAUAUGUGAAACUCAGAAACACAGUAAAAACUAGGCAACUUUCAAGUGGGGCACAAGAUAACCUAUAACUUUUUUUACUUUGACCUAUUUAACCAGGACACUGUUAAGGUUUAGUAUAACUGUUUAUAUUAUACAAAAAGAACAGGACCCAUGUGAAUCCAAAUACUUGCAUGGAAUAGUCCUUCCCCUUGAAAGGGUACAUUUAUAUUUGAUCAAAUAACACUGAAUCUGGAUGUUCACUGACACGUUGUAGAACUGCUAGGAGAAGUUAAGGUGUGAUGAGUCUGUGAGCAGACACGGUACAUUGUGAAUAAAGCAAGAUUAAAUUGGACUUGAAGAUUCAUAAAGAUGAAUGGAA